UAGAUUUCACAAAUACCAGAUAAGAUACUAAUGUUUUAGCAUUCUUUUUAUGAACCAUUAAAGAUCUGAGAUUCAAAGGCCUUUUAAUCAGUCAGUUGUGGUGUUCCAAAAGUUACUAAGCGCUAAACCACAUAAUGAGGCAAACUAUCAUGGGAGGCAGAGAAUUAAUUUUAACUUAAGCCACCAAAUGUUAUUGUAUACACAUUUACUAGAAGGCUUUGUGUUCUAACCACAGCAUAAAUGUAAUAUUAUUCAUAACUGUAGCUUUGCCAGAUCUUUUAAACUGCCUAUAAAUGAGUGUUUAAAAAUUGUUACAGAUUUUAUUGCUGAUAUUGUUCUAUUUCUACUUGCAUUCUAGACAACGUGAUACAACUCACAAAACAAUUAUCACUCUCAUUCUUUCCCUAAAUCGAAGGAAGGCUGAUUUACAUAGUUAGGGGGGAUUCUUUGAGGCCGCAUGUAAGUCCUGCAUUCCUCACCUGGAGCCAAAGCACAUUCCCAGCCUGCGUAUCACUGGGUUUAUAUGCGCUUCGCGUGCCAACAUUUCCUGUGCUCCAUAUCUGGACUGAGCUACCCAAUGGAGCAAAGUCAUGCAAGAUGGGAGUGGUUCCGUUAUGAGGUCACGAUGGGGGACUGAACUGAGGUUGGAGCAAGUGAGGAGCUCGGCACUGGAGAGCGAUAAACAUGAGACGGAGACGCGUGAGCUGAGCGAUACCGGGAAGCUUUUUUUUAGUUGAAACAUGUCGCGUUAAAGGCUAUCGGCAGCGUCGAGGUCUCCGGAUUGCGUCUCUCUCUGCAUGCAAAGGGGAAGCAGCCCGACUGCCGGUCCGGGUGGCUGAACAGGAAGAAAUUCCCGAGCUUGCAAAAAAAAAAAAAAAAAAAAAAAAACCACAGAGGAAAAAAAAAAGACGCAUGAGUAAAGGCAAGAAAGUUUUCCUUGUUGGAAACAUUCUGGAGCGAAACUUUGCUGUUACUGUGAAGCUUUUACAAUGCACUUUCUUGGCGGGGUGAGAUAGUUGCUGGUUUUGCGCCGCUUUCUUGCGUCUUUUGAAGAUCAGUCCUCUUUGGUGGCUUACAAGAACAUCAACAAAACUUUUAGGAACGGAAAAUAUAAAGCUAUAUCAAUUAACGUCUGACACUAUACUUGGACCGCAUGCUUUUCUUAUAUCUAUUUGGAACACCGCGAUUUUUUUGUUGCUGUUUUUGAUCGACUAUUGAAACAGCUUGCGGUUGGAGCCUGGGUUUUGAUUUUACAGUAGUGAUUGGGGGUUUGGGGGGGCGGGUUGGAUAUACAUUCCUUUUUCCUACAUGGCCUCUUCAAGGAUGUACCUUCUUGUGAAAUACAUACUGAUCUCCCAUCUUACUAUCCUGAUCGCGAAGAGUAGCCGGGCACUGCUGUGUCUCCCAUGCGACGAGUCAAAAUGCGAGGAGCCGAAGCUCUGCUCCGGUGCCGUGGUGCUGGGAAUCUGCGGCUGCUGCUCCGUUUGCGCCAAGCAGAAGAACGAGACGUGCGGCGGCGUGUACGGGCUGUACGGGACCUGCGACCGGGGGCUCCGCUGCGUGAUCAGACCGCCUCUGGAUGGCGGCUCCAUCACGCAGUAUGAGGUCGGGGUUUGCGAAGAUGAAAACUGGGAUGAUGAUCAGCUUUUGGGAUUUGAGCCUUGCAAUGAGAACCUGAUUACGGGAUGCAAUAUCAUUGACGGAAAAUGCGAAUGCGACAGCGUGCGGACAUGCAACAACCCCUUCGAGUUCCCCAGUCAAGGGGCCUGUCAGGCUGCCCUUAAAAAGAUUGAAGAGGAGAAGCCGGAUUGCUCCAAGGCUCGCUGUGAGGUGCAGUUCUCACCUCGGUGCCUGGAGGACUCUGUGCUGAUAGAAGGCUAUGCACCUGCGGGGGAAUGCUGCCCACUGCCCAGCCGCUGUGUCUGCAACCCCGCUGGGUGCCUGCGCAAGGUCUGCCAGCCAGGCUAUCUCAACAUCCUGGUGUCAAAGGGUUCUGGGAAGCCUGAAGAAUGCUGUGAUCUCUACGAAUGCAAGCCAGUUUUCAGUGUGGAUUGUAGUACAGUGGAGUGCCCACCGGUGCAGCAAGUGCAGUGUCCCCCUGAUAGCUAUGAGACACAGGUACGCCUGACCGCUGACGGCUGCUGCACACUGCCCACCAGAUGUGAAUGUUUACCCGGCCCGUGUGGCUUCCCUCACUGCCCGACAGGAAGCUCUCCCCGUGUCAUUGCCCGCGCUAAUGGCUCUCCAGGGACGUGUUGCGACGUGUUAGAGUGUGUCAAUGAGACUAAGCCAGCCUGCUUGUUCAACGGAGUGGAGUACUAUGAUGGAGACAUGUUCCGAAUGGAUGCCUGUCGCUUCUGCCGCUGCCAGGGUGGGGUGUCGGUCUGCUUCUCAGCACAGUGUGGCGUCCUUCACUGCGAGCGCUACUACGUGCCAGAGGGAGAGUGCUGUCCCGUCUGUGAAGACAUCAGCCAGCCCGUGCUGAACUAUGCCGGCUGCUACGCCAAUGGGCAGAUCCUGGCCCACGGCGACCACUGGCGGGAGGACGACUGCACGUUCUGCCAGUGCGUGAGCGGGGAGGCGCGUUGCCUGGCCGCCGCCUGCGGCCACAGUUGCCUGAACCCUGUGACUGUACCCGGAGAGUGUUGCCCAGUCUGUGAAGAGCCAACAUACAUCACUAUGGCGCCCCCUGCUUGUAGUUCCCUGAGAAACUGCAGCCUUACGGAGCAGGACUGUAUCUAUGGAUACAAACGUGACCAAAACAACUGCCGUCUUUGUCAGUGCAGAACACGAGAGGAGCUGUGUAGAGGCCUGAUCUCAGGCUGCACGUUGGCCUGCCCUUUCGGCUUCCAGACGGACGUCCACAGCUGCGCGAUAUGUCAGUGUCGUCCAAGACCCAAGAAGUGCAAAUCUGUGGCAUGUGACAAGGACUGUCCAUUUGGCUUCAUAAAGAACAAGCAUGGCUGCGAUAUCUGCCGCUGUAAGAAGUGUCCUGAGGUACCAUGUGACAAGGCCUGUCCAUUAGGCUUCCAGUUGGACCCGCUGGGCUGCCUCAUGUGCCAGUGUCGAGACCCAGGUGUGUCAUCAGUGGCUCCGUCAGUGAAGCUGGGCUCCUGCCUGUCCAUGGACGGCCGUCGGCACGAGAACGGAGAGAACUGGCACGAUGGCUGCCGCGACUGCUACUGCCACAGCGGACGGGAGAUGUGUGCCCUGAUCUCCUGUCCCGUGCCGGCCUGUGCCAAUCCCACUAUCUGGUCCGGUCAGUGCUGCCCAUCUUGCCCGGGUGACCCCGGUUCCCACAAUCCCGAGCUGGGCGACCUGUCUGUGUGCCUCGCCCCAGGUGGCGAGUACUUUGUCGAGGGCGAGACUUGGAACAUAGACUCCUGCACGCAGUGCACAUGCCACGGCGGCAGGGUGCUGUGUGAGGCAGAGGUGUGCCCGCCGUUACUCUGCCAGAGCCCCGUCAGGACUCAGGACUCCUGCUGCCCGCACUGCCCAGAUGGACCCUUCACUCCGCAACCCCCCAGCAAUGACCGCAUGCCCAGCUACUGCCGGAACGAGGAGGGCGACAUCUUCCUCGCAGCGGAGUCUUGGAAGCCUAACAUGUGCUCAAGCUGCAUUUGCCUGGAUGGUGUCAUCAGCUGCUUCUCGGAAUCCUGCCCGGUGGUCGGCUGCACCAAGCCCGUGCUGCGGAAGGGACAGUGCUGUCCCUACUGCCUGGAGGACACCGCGCCAAGGGCUGUAUGCCACUUCAACGGGAAGACGUACGUGGACGAGGAGCGCUGGGACAUCGACAGCUGCACGCACUGCUACUGCCUGCAGGGUCAGACCCUGUGCUCCACUGUCAGCUGCCCCGCCCUGCCCUGUCACAACCCCGUGUACAUGGAGGGGAGCUGCUGUCCUCUGUGCUCAGGCAUGUACCCACCCACAAACAUACCCAUCGAAAAGACGGACCAGCGAGGUGAUUCGCAGAUGCACCAGCCAGCUUGGCCCACAAGAAGUGAAAACGAUAUAAUGCCCCAGUUCAGAGGAAAUUUUGGAAGCCUGCAGAUGCCGUACUUGGACGGGAAGACACCGGUGGCCAGUGAAGAUGAUACCUUACACUCAGUGGCCUGGGUGGCGCUGCCCGUUCUGAUGAUGCUCGUCACCAUUUCCAUCGUGUUGCUCAUCAAUCAGAAGAAGCAGUGGAUCCCUGUUCCUUGCUAUAGGACCCCCACAAAGCCUACUUGUCUGAACAACCAGUUGGUGUACGUGGACUGUCAGAAGGGCACCAAGGUCCAGGUGGACCGAUCCCAGCGCAUGCUCCGCAUUGCCGACCCCGACUCGAGGUACAGCGGUUACUACAGCAUGCAGAAGCAGAACAACCUGCAGGCCGACAGCUUCCACCAGACUGUGUGAGUGAGCUCCUGGCAAGAGGCCAACACUGUGUAGCUUAUCGCCACUGUAGAUACCUGAAGGACAUCGCCACCAAACCACAGAAUAUCUCCAAAAAUUGUCACCUGCCUGAAACCCCAAACAAAAAAGAAUAACAGACAAACUUAUCAAAAAAAAAUACAACAUAAUUAACCAAACUGAAUUGAAUUAUCAUGAUUUACACAAACAAAAAAGAAAAGAAAGCAGACUGGUUUUCUGGCCUUUUUCUGGAUGAAUUUUGUGUGUGUGUGUGUGUGUGUGUGUGUGUGUGUGUGUCUAAUGUACAGUUUUGGGAUUAGGACAAACUGGCUUUUGCAUCAGUGCUGUCUCUCCACAUUCCUGCUUCCUUGAACUGACCUUGAAAUGACAUGAAAAUCCUGAGCGAGUCUUUCCGAGAACACGGUAGCGCCAAAGCCCUCCUAUAUGAAAACGAAAAGCGGAAAACUUGCCGCUUUCUGCCCUGCAUGGUGGUAGAUGGGACUGCUGGACUCAUGUUAAUUGAUACGAGGAAGAGAGCAGACUGAACACCCUGGUCAGAGACUGAAUUGAGUGUUUCUUUGCCCGUCUUGGACACGUUGUCUUUGCAAACCAAUUUUCAGAAAGGACAAUAGGAAGAAACAAUGCUAAGCUGUCACCAGAGUUGUUUUAUUUUAUUUUAUUUUGCCAAAUUUAGCAGCUUUCUUCCAGCUGUAGUGCAUCUGUGUAUUUUAUUUUUUCUGUAGCUCCUCCAGGCCAUAGGCUUCUGUAUUUUACAGCCGGGGGCAGAUUUACAUUACACUUUCGUACAAGCCUAACAAUGUUUAAACUUAAAGGUUGGAAAAAUGGUAUAAAAGAUAAAAGUUAAUAUAAAAGUUUAGCGAUACUUAUUGAUUGAAUAUGAAAUGUAUGCUUUGUAAGUGCUGCUUUUCCUUUGUUCCGAGGCCUUUCCGUUUUCCAGGUUGUAAACAUAUAAAAAAGGCUCCACUGGUUUUCCCUGCGUCUGAUCUGAACAAUCUGUUGUCCCCUAGGGUCUAACAGCAAACCGAUGGCUAUAGAUGCUUCUUUUUUUUUUUUUUUUUUUUUUGGGGGGGGAGGUGGGAAUUUGCGUUACUGGUUAUGUAACUGCUUCCCUUUCCAUAAGCUACUUAAUCAUGUUACCCAAGCACCUUCCGAGUUCUUUCUCCUCUGCAGCAAACAUUUUGUCUACUCCAGACAUUAUAGGAACACUUAUGUACAUAUUUUAUUCUACAAAAAAAAAAAAAAUUACAUGAAAUAUUGUGUGAAUAUAUGUCUGUGUGUAUGUAUAUGUCUUUGCAUGUAUGUAGGUAUGUGUGUAUAUACACACACACAUGCAUGCACACAUGGUUUUCUUCACAUGUAAAUUUUUCAACAAAAAUUGAAUGUAUUUAUGGUUCAGAAGAGAAGUUUUACUGAAUGAUGGGGAAAUAUCGAAACAGGCAUUCCAGAGCCUUGUUUGAGAUUUAGUCUGAGGCAGAUGACAAACAUCUCAUUUUAUUUUAUUUUAUUUUUGUCUUUUUUAUUUUUGUUUUUUUGUUUUGUUUUGUUUUUUAUGGCUGCACAAGAGUGUUUGCCGCCCUCCCAAACCCUGCACAGCUUUGGAUGGAAAAAAAUUUGACAAAUAAUGUCUCCACCAUUCAAGUAGAAGAUUUUCUCAUAAAAUUGGUUUAGACUUUUGUUUAAAGGUUGUUUCUGAUCUCAGACUAAAGGUCAGAAAUAGGCUGGGGUUUGGGUGGGGGUGCAAAGGAAGAAUUGAAGAGUAGUGGACAUGUAGUAGUUUGUCUUGGGUAUAUCUUAAUCUAUCUAAAAAAAUGUCAUUUGAAUCAUUCGUCUGGCACUUUUACCUUUUGAGUUGUUUUUUUGUUUUGUUUUUUUUUUUCCGUAAACAAAUGCUUUUCAUGGAAGAGUGGCCCUUUUUUGGAACCCUAUGAGAUCCAGUGUUAUGUCCGACGUUAAAUAAAAUGCUUUGCCAUAAAAUGUCAGAGACCUGCAGGAAGUGAGAAACUGCACGGAAGGGACCUAUAAUCUUUUCUAUAUUUGCUUCUAUGUGUAUGUAUGUACACAGCAAAUUCAGUGCGGCUUUGGGUCUUAUUGGAUCCCAUAGUCAUAGCUUCAGACAACGGUCCCUCAUCACUCAAUCGAUGGACGUAGCGAAAGAAAACUGAAAAAGUGUUCAGCGUUGACCACCUGCCAGGUGCACGUGCAUUUGAUGGCAAAGUGUCAUACAAUGAAAUUUCAGACACGACUACUUAUAACAACACGCUGCCGAUACAUAAAAACGUAGACUUCAUUUUAUAAAAAAAAAACUAGCAAAAACUAAGAUGUUUCCUACUUUACUGCCCACAGGUUCGGUGGUUGUUACAGGAUAAUUUCGUAUUACAGAUAUAGUAAAAUCACUAGUAAGAAGCAACAUCACAAACACCCAAAUCAUUGUGUUUGUUUUAUUCUCUGUAAUAUAGAACAACAGAAAUGAUGAAACGUCCUGCUUGGGCAAACAUCUCUCAGAUUUUUCAUGUGAAAAGUCACUCUUGAAAAGCAUACAGAAGGCUCAGUUAAAGCUCAGUUGAAGCUCAGUUGAAGCUCUCAGCAGGAUCAUAAAGAUAUCCCACUUUAUUUCCACUCGAAGCAUGUUAGGACAUCCUGAAAUAAGAUAACAGUACAAUAUGAACUGCCUCUUCUGCUGACAUAUAUUGAUUAUAUACCUUCAUCUGAAAUCUGUUAUUUCUCGUGCCUGGAUGAUAGCAGUUUGUAGGCUGCUGGUUGCUCUUACAGGAGUUUUGGGAGAAAUAUUUCAAACAAAUAUACCAUUCAGUGUCUUGAGAAUUAAAUGCAUAUUCUUGACCAGUUUCCCUUGAUCAUGUUGUCAGCUAAAAGUGCCAGCAAAACAUUUACAUGUAUUCUGAAAAUCAAAUGAAAUUUUAUUUCAUGAAAAGAGUCAGUAAUAUGUUAAUGAAUAGAAGCAUACCUUACUUCAAAUAUUAAAUUGAAUUUUUCAUUGACUCCGGAAUCACAGGAGAUGGGAGGCUGUUUAGCUGACUUGCACGGUUUGGAUAUCAUACUGAAAACCACAGAGGUCUUUCAUUUUGAUCCCCUGCAGCUUUUUUUCUACAAAUUGCAGGCCGACAAAUGACUGAUACUGUAAACAGAAUAGCUUGCAAUUGAUCUCACAGGUGAAGCUUGAAAUAUUCUCAACACGUCCUCCAAGUAUUGUUGUAGAUACUUGAGUGUUGCUUGCCAAAACAAAGAAUAGGUUGGAAAAAGAAAUUUAAAAAAAUAAUUUAUUGUUUUAUGACCUUUAUAAUUUAUUGAUUAAAAAAUUAAAGUUAACAUAUAGGAGGUUAAUGAUACAACUUGAAAUUGUAAAUUUGUUGGUCUCUCAAAGAGCAUUUUAAAGGGUUUUGCUGUAAUAGUCCAUUGUUAUUUGUCAGGUUUUUGUGGGUCUGCUGUGGCUGGUGGAAAAGUGUGAAAUUUGUGGAGACCCCACUCAACUGACUGGUAAUGUUCAGAUUUAAACAAACAUUGCAUCUUCUGGAGUUAUGAGAUGGCACUAUUCUGUACCUUGUUCCAUUUCUUCUCUUAUCGUUUAAUUCAGAGCAUUCAUAUCAUAAAUAUGAAUUUUUCAGUCUGUAUCCUCCUGGUGUUCUUUGCUAAUGUUAAAAAAUAAAUAAAUAAAAUGUGGAUAUUAAUGAUAUUGCAAAAAAAAAAAAAAAAGAUUUCUGAGUAAGGUAGAUGAAGAUAUGAUUUUGGAACUUCCCGUAGCACAGCAUUUUUUUGCAAUUUCUUGUAUUUUUGUUUCUUUGCAGCACAAUAAAUAAUUUGAAAAUGG